AUGGCCAAGGAACAUUUGGACGCGGGGCUGAGGAGUCUUGAUCACUACAAGAUCCGCCUCCCAAGAUGGCGCUACUAUGUCCGCGAAAAGCUGCUCCCUAUUGUCCGCUGGGAGACACCCUACGUCGCCUACCUCCAGGACACCCUCCGCUCGCCGUUCCUUGACUCCUACUUUGCAAUGACCGCAAACCUCGGCACCCACACCUUCUUCAUGAUCAUGCUACCAAUCCUCUUCUGGUGUGGUUACACUUCAUUGGGAAGAGGCAUGGUCUACAUCCUCGCCGCCGGCGUCUACUGGAGCGGCUUCGUCAAGGAUAUGCUCUGUCUACCACGGCCGCUGAGUCCUCCACUGCAGCGGAUCACCAUGUCCGGCUCAGUGGCAUUGGAAUAUGGCUUCCCCAGCACCCACUCAGCCAACGCCGUUAGCGUCGCAAUCUACAGCGUCUACCUCCUCCGAACUUCAUCAUCCGCCGGAACACCAUUCAAUACCUGCCUACAAGCCAUAUCAUACUUCUACUUCUUCUCAAUCGCCCUUGGCCGGCUCUACUGCGGCAUGCAUGGCUUCUUCGACGUCUUCUGCGGCACCGCCCUCGGCGCCGUGAUUGCUAUCCUACAGUGCGAGUUCAGCGAUGCUUUCGAUGCAUAUAUGUUCCAGGACGACGUCAAGCGACUAGUCAUUUUCGUCUUGAUCAUACUCGUCCUGACACGACUACACCCAGAGCCCGCGGACAACUGCCCAUGCUACGAUGAUAGCGUUGCCUUCAACGGAGUCGUUGGUGGUGUCACCAUCGGUUGCUGGCAUUACGCAACCCAAACUUCGUUUUCGUGGAGCGAGCCCAGUCCUGCCACCGUCCCGUUCAGUCUGGAGAAGAUGGGCUGGCUGGUCGCAGUCGCCCGCAUCGUCCUCGGCGUAGUCAUCGUCUUUGCCUGGCGUGCAGUCAUGAAGCCAACACUCCUCAAGAUCUUGCCUCCACUGUUUCGGACCAUCGAACACUACGGCCUCACUUUGCCUAGAAGGUACUUCACGCCCGCCUCCCAAUAUAAGACUGUGCCUUCACAGCGAAACGACGACAACGUCAUCCCUUCAGCGCGCGACAUACCCGGUCUACUGCGAAGACGCAGAGCCAUCUCUGUCGGACCCCAGUCAGAAGCGGACGCAUACGAAGCCAUGGCGUAUCGUGAAAAGCAAAGAAGAGAUUCCAUUCAUCAUCAGGCGACACUCAGUCCAGUGGCGGCAUCCCCUCCGAGCUCGCCUGACAGAGCUGAUGGGAAAGGGAACAGGAAACGUGCUUCCAGCCUCGAGCAGUUUCGGCAACAGAUGGGCAUGGGCGCUGAUGGCCUGAUGAAACCUGCGGCUGAAGAAGAAGAGGAGAUAUCGAACAAAGCUACGAAAGCCUCCAACGACAACGACGAUAGAGAAGCCUUGCAGACAAACCUGGAUUUUGCCAACGUGGUCAAGCCCCGAGUGAGAUACGAUGUCGAGGUCGUGACAAAGCUGAUCGUCUAUUGCGGCAUCGGCUGGUUAGCCGUCGAGAUCAAUCCUAUCGUGUUUGAAAUGGUCGGACUGGGGUUAGGCGUCAGAUAG